GCAAGCAAGCUCAUAAAAAAUGGCGCCCACCCAAGGCAAGCAGAGUUCUCAGGAUUUGCUCGAGGCUCAAGUUGACCUUUGGCACCAUUCAUUGGGAUUUGUCAAGUCCAUGGCACUCAAAUGUGCAAUGGAACUGCAAAUCCCUAACACCAUCCAACACCAUGGUGGGGCUAUGACUCUUUCUGAGCUGGCCACAAAGACAGGGAUCCAUCCGUCUAAGCUUCCCCCCUUACGGCGACUCAUGCGUGUACUCACCGUAUCAGGCAUCUUUGUUGUCCAUGACUCAGCCUCGGGAGACAACAAGGAGGCUGUGUAUGGACUUACCCCAAGCACGUGCCUCCUCGUCAGCGAUGAAGUUAAAUCAAACCUAUUUCCCAUUCUGUCUUUGUUCCUUGAUUCAACUGCCAUUACACCCUUUUUCGGCAUGCACUCAUGGUUCCUAGAUGAGCAUUCCACGUCCCUGUUCAAAAAGGCUCACGGCCUUAACGUUUGGGAAAUGGCUGACCAGAACAAUGCUUGCAACGAGCAAAUCAAUAACGCGAUGGUUUCUGAUAGUAACUUUUUCAUCAAUAUCCUCUUGAGGGAGUGUGGUGAUGUAUUUCUUGGCAUAAACUCACUUAUUGAUGUUGCGGGAGGACACGGUGGAGCUGCUAGGGCAAUUGCUAUGUCGUUCCCCCAGAUGAAAUGCACUGUGUUGGAUCUCCCUCAUGUGGUUGCUGGAGCUCCCAGUGAUGCCCAUGUGUCAUUUAUUUCUGGCGAUAUGUUUAAGUACAUUCCACCGGCGGAUGCUCUUUUCCUGAAGUGCAUUUUUCACGAUUGGUGUGAUGAAGACUGUGUCAAGCUACUGAAGAAUUGCAAGGAAGCUAUCCCUCCCAGAGAUGCUGGUGGAAAGGUGAUAAUCGUUGAUAUGGUGGUUGGAUCUGGGCCAGAUGACAUUGUAACAAGAGAGACACAGGUUUUCUAUGAUCUCUUUAUCAUGGGUGCUGAGGGGAUUGAGCGAGAGGAAUUUGAGUGGAAGAAGAUAUUUAUGGAAGCUGGGUUCAGCAAUUACAAAAUUCUAUCAGUGCUGGGAGUUAGAUCUGUUAUUGAGCUCUACCCUUGAACACUCGAUGAAAAACUACGCGGUAAUCGGUAUAUUGUGUAUUAAUAAACUGGCAUGAAUAACAUGUGUGCUUUCUGGCUGCAUGCCUUUAGCCUAGUGUGGUGAAUAGUGUACUGUACCUUAUUGUAAUUUUUGCGAGGUGUGAGCGUUGUGACCAAUAAAUUAGCUCUCUUACUACAUAGCAAAUAUAUGCAGCAGGUUAUUAGAAUCUGUUCCAGCAGUGUUUAUGCAUAAA